AUGGGUUUUCCCGAUGAGCCAUCUGCUCACCUGCUGGGCGCUACCGGCCCGGUCCAUGCCGUCGCAUAUUCAGCCUCACCGGGGACGUACAUCCUCACCGGCUCUGCGGACCGAUCAAUCCGCCUCUACAACCCCUUUCCCAGCACCGCCGUCCCUGGCGAUAACCCAAAACAGAAGCCCCCAGUGCCCCAGGGCCGUCUCAUCCAGACCUACGCCGCUCAUGGAUACGAGGUUCUGAGCCUUGCUGUCGCUGCCGACAACGAGCGCUUCGUUUCUAGCGGUGGAGACCGUACCGUCUUUCUCUGGGACGUCGCUACUGCCGUCACCCUCCGCCGCUUCGGUGGCAACGCCCAGAGCCACUCGGCUCGCGUCAACUGUGUCAGUUUCGCGGGAGACGGCGACUCUCUCGUCGUUAGCGGCGGCUUCGACACUACUGUUCGAAUCUGGGACACCAAGAGCACUAGUUACAAGCCUAUCCAGGUCCUCAGCGAGGCGCGUGAUGCUGUGACCUCUCUCGCCGUGCGCGGCCCGGAAGUCAUCGUAGGAAGCGUCGACGGCCGCGUCCGCAGCUACGACAUCCGCAUGGGCCGCUGUACCACCGACGUCAUCGGUGCGAGCGUCACAAGCGUCAAUCUCACUCGCGAUGGGAGGGCGAUGCUCGUCGGCGGCCUCGACAGUAAGCUGCGGUUGAUGGACCGCGACAACGGCGCUUGCCUGCGAGCGUACUCCCAUCCCGAGUGGAAGAACGAGGAGUUCCGUGUGCAGACACUCCUGGGAGGAAGGGAAAAGUACGUCAUUACCGGUGACGAGAUGACCAGUGACCCCGCGCCCAAUGGUCAAGGCAGGAUCUGGGCGUGGGACUUGUUAACGGGCAGACUGGUAGCUAAAGUGACGGUUCCGUGGGGACCACAAGGCUUUGAACCCAAGAAGAAAGCUGUGGGAAGAGAUGGCAAGGAAAAGACGAGAAGCAAUGUCAUUAGCUGUAUGGCGUGGAGGGAAGACGGUUGGGGCGACCAGUUUUGCGUGGGAGGAACAUCUGGCGUUGUUACGGUAUUUGGAGCGCUGUAG